AUGGAUAUGCGUAACAAAUCCAUUUUUGCAAGUAGAAAGGAGAAAAAUUUUAGUGGAUCUGAUAUGAAGGUUGAUUUACAAGAAAUUAUUAAAGAAUGUCCUAAUUAUUUGGAUGAAAUUGUUGGAGAGAUGAUUAAUAAAACUCUAUACCACUCACUUUAUGGAGAUCUUUAA